AUGUAUUUACAGUCGCUCCUUGUUAUUUUCUGUCUUUUAAUUUGUAGUUAUUCUCAAGAUACAGCUGGGGUAACUCCACUUCCAGAGGACGACCCGAGAAACUUUCAACAACAAAAUGCAACAAAGUUGGUUCAAUUACGUGGAAGACACUGGGUCAAGAAACGAACAUACGAAGUGACGACGCCAAAAGGAAAGCCAACGUGUGAAUAUGCUGAAAUCCUGGACGAGGUGAAGGAAAAUGAAUACACCUUAGAACUGGGAGCUAAAUUAGGAUCCGAGUGGACUACAAAUCAGCAAGCAUUGUCGCUGGAAACCACUAAUCCCCAUUCAGCACCGAACGUGCUCAAGUUCACCAGACUAAGGGCUGAUGGACCACUGGGUCAUCCACUACUAUACUCUGAUUACCAAGACUGCCAUAUUGUGAGAAUAAAGAAAAAGGACUCGACAGAUUACCGUUGUGACAUGCUACUAACAAACGAGGCUGCAAAGAAAAGCCCGCCCACUGAUUGCGAAGAAAAGUUUACAAAGUAUUGUAAAGGUGCUUCGUAUGAAGUCUACAGCACCAGUUGUGAUGAAACAGGUACAAAAACUGCCUGA